AGGGGUCAAAGUAAAGAGAACAGUAGUAAAGGAGAGCUCUUAUUCUUGGGUAUCGCAGUAUUUUCAUUUUUAAUAAAGUUACCUACUUUUGAGGUAAUAUAUUGUAAAGAUUCUUCUGAAGUGCAAAUACAUGUAACUGUCGUGGGUGAAAAGCAAUAGAAAUGAAUUUGGCUCUCGGAGAAUUUAAAAAAAAAACACCAUAAACCAUUAUCUUCAACUUGGAUUUUUUUUCCAGCAAGGCAAACAAUAUGAUAUGGCAUCAUAACCGUAUUUACAAUUAAUAAUUAAUAUGUAUAAUAAAUGAUAAAUAAUCAAUAAUUAUGGUAAGGUUAAAACACAUCACGUGCCUCAAAGACGUAAGGCGGGACUCACUUUUCGUCUCCUAGCUUCCUCCUCAGGUUCCCUCUGCUCAAUCCUGUGAUUUUCGUUAUGCAUUGUUAUAAUAAAAGAUACAAAAUUAUGUCUAUGGGGGCAUUAUGUUCCUUUUUUCGUGAAACAAAAAAAAAGGUUUGUACAAGUCAGUGAUGGCACAGCUCUGUUAUAUCAGGAAAAACAUCCUUGGCUGAAAGAACUUAGUUGCCCUUGUAUCUCCUCGCUUCUGAGGAAUCUUCUUUUUCCGUACAGUUAAUAUCUCAGCUACAGUAGCUAUUCUGCCAUGCCAGUCAGUGCCAGCAGCCGGAACGAAUUUGUUUGCAGCUAUCUGUAUUUGCGUUUCUUAUGUCGGUGAUAACAAUGCUAAGUACCGUAAAUCGUCUAUCAAGCCUACCUUCUGAAAUAAGCUUCCGCUCUCUAAUAAGCCUCCCCCCCCUCUCUUCCUUACUAUUGUUAAUUAUUAAAUGAUAAACUCUUCCUAUCCAUUACGCCCUCAACCAUGCAUGUCAACUAACUACUGUCUAUUAACGGUCUGCUACAUCGUCUUCGUCUCCCUCAUUGUUGCCUUUUUCUUUCUGGUUUUGAAAUUUCUUUUUGUACGUGUCUCUUUCUUCCCCUACCUAAAGAAAUCAAUAAGAUUCUGUGUUUAGCAUAAUGGGGGCCCCCCAUCAAUCCUCUAUUAAGCGCCCCGCCUCCCCCUGGGGGGGGGGGGGCUUAAUUGAGACGGAAAGCUUAUUUAACUUAGUACAGACUAUGGUAUCUGUUCACCAUAAAGAACUAGAAUACAAAGUGGAAAAGCUCAAGUACAAGAAGUUGGAGGUCAUCCACUGACUUCCAGCUGGUGAAUAGACCAUCGUUAGUCCACACGAAGUUUUACGGUCGUGAUUGAUCAGUACAGUCUAUCAUUUAUUAGUGAAUAAUGAUAAGGAGGAGAGGGGGGGGGGGCCUUAUAGAGGAGGGGAGUUUAUUUCAGGAGGGUAGCUUGGUAGACUAUUUAUGGGAAUUUGGAUUUGUUAUGACGAUUGAAGAAAGGAGAACGAGUGGUUAUUUCCCCGCCGGGAGGCCGGGGGUCAACCCCAAAUUUUUUUUAUUUGGGUUUUCCCCUUUUUAUUUUAUUUCUUUUUGGGUAAACAAAAACCAAGGCUUUACCAAAUUAAAAAAGCUUUCCCGCUCAAUUAAGCCCCCCCCCCCCCCCAGGGGGAGGCGGGGCGCUUAAUAGAGGAUUGAUGGUGGGCCACCAUUAUGCUAAACACAGAAUCUUAUUGAUUUCUUUAGGUAGUGGAAGAAAGAGACACGUACAGACAAGAAGUUCAAAACCUAGAAGUAAAAAUAGAGGAAUUAAUUAAAGAGAGAGAACAGCUGAAUACAGAGCACGCACAAGAGCUUGUGGUUUUAUCCUCAAGUUUUCAGGAGCACCUGAGUCAAGUAUCACAGUUCCAAGAUCAAGCAGAAGAUCCUACGGUUUUAAAGCUCAAGAUCGACUUUGAAAAAGAGAUUCAGAAGUUGCGCACAACGAUUGAGGACAAAAACUAUCAUAUCGGUAACUUGCAAAACAAGUUGCUCGAGGCGCAACUUGAGUUAGAAAACGAGCUUGAUAAACACGAGGAAGAAACGGAAAAACUUCGUGCUAGUUUAGGAAGUGGCGAACGGGAUUUUGAGAAAUUGAUUGAGGAGCGACUGAGUGAGGUGAGAAGCCAGUACGAGAAAGAACUCGAGGAACUCAGAGCCCGCAUAGAAAAUCAAGAGGAAAGUACAGGAGGAGAAUACAGCGACGGUUCAAGUAGCAGUGACAAUCGCAAUAAAAACUUGCAACAGAAAAGGGACUCGGAAAACAGAGAUGAAAAUGUCGCGAAUGACUUCGAAAGUCUUUUGGAGCAGGAACGGACCAAGUACAGAGUUGAGGUCAUGGCGGUGAAAGAUCGUCUCACCCAUCAGCAUCAGGUUGAACUUGAUGAUCUCAUUACAAAAUUAGAAAAAUCUAACUCGGAAGUGGAAGAACUCAAACAAGUGCUGCGGCAGGAAAAGAUGAACUCUGCAAAACUCAACGCUGAGAACAACGAAUUUGCGAGGUUAGAUAAUGGCGAGAUUGAAAAUGACUCUCCUCGAGAAAACGGUAAUGGGAAUGUGAAAUCAGUUAUUGUUGUGAGCCAUGAUGGAAAGGGUGACACUGCCUCAGGUAUGGAAUCACUCCGUACUGAACUACACGCUCAUUACCAACAACAAAUUGAACAAGUUGCAAAAAGACUUAGUGAGGAGUAUCAAGGAGAACUGGAUGACAGUCUUAAUAAAAUGGAGGAAGAGUGGGAGCAGCAGUUAGAACGGCAGAAAAACGAGUAUGAGGAAAAGAUCGCGGCUCUUCAACGCCAGCUGAAGAGUCAAUACCAGAACGAUCUCGAUCAAGUUACAGCUGACAUGGACGAUCAGAUUCAAGGCCUUAGAGAUAGUCACUCCCAAGAGAUAGCCGAACUUUUAGGCAAACUACGAGAACUUUCGGAAGAACGUCGCAGAUCGGUCAUUCAGCAAGACACCACUGAGCAACAAGUGGUUAUUAUAAAGGAGGAAUGCCGUUCCAAAGUAUCAAGCUUGGAGCAAGAGCUUCGGGUGGAGAAAGACAAAGUUGUUGAAUAUCAGCGUCAGAUGGACGCCGUUGAGGCGCAGGUUCAAGCUUUCAAGGCUGAGAAGCAGCAGGAAGUGAAGAUGAUCGAAGAGGAGAUGCGUCGGCAGUGUAAGGCAUUAGUAGAGAAGAAGUCUAACGAACUAAAGGAAAGAUACCAAAGCGAAUUGAGCGAGAAAGUAAACAAAGUCGAGCAGCAUUGGAGAAAGCUGUAUGAGGAAGACAUAGGAAAGACGCGAUCUGAGUUGGAAGAAAGUAACAGAACUCUUAAAGAUAAAUACGAGCGUCAAGUGUCUGACAUCAUGGUUCAAAUGGAUGAAGUCCAGCAGAGGAGUAGAGAAGUGCUAAUGCAAGAGAAAAUGCAGUUUGAAGCACAACAGAAAGAAGAAUUUGAGAGACAGCUAUCAGAAGUGAAAGAGGAGCUGCAGUCGUAUAAGAAUAGGUAUUUCGAAUUGGAAAAAGAAAAUCAGUCACUUUCAGAAAAGUACGAACGCGAUCUCUCAGAGCUAAGAAACAAGAUGAGUGAGGUUGAAGGACGCUACAAGCAAGAUAAAAGCUUGGAGGAAGAAAAUCUAACGACACUUAAAAGUGAACUUGAACUGUAUAAGAACAAGCUUCAAGAAUUGCAAGAUGGCAAAAAGUCCUUAAUGGAGAACUACGAAGCACAGCUUACUAAUAUGAGGAAGAAAUACGAAGACAUGGAAGAAGGAGAAAUCAAAACACUGCAAGAAGAAGUUAAUGUUUACGUCAAGAAAGCAGCAAGCCUCGAGGAGGAGAAAAAAAUUUUGUUGGAGAAGUACGAGUCUGAAAUAAGUGCGUUGAAGUCGACAAUAGGCGCACUAAGAGAUGUGAUAGAGUCAAGAAACUCUGAGGUGAACAUUCUUGAGGAAAACAAACACAAAAUGUCGCUUACUGUCUCAGAGCUACAACAGAAUUUGGCGUCAGUUAAGAAGGCGUAUGCAGAGUUAGAGCAGAAACAAGAGAUGGAUAAUAAGAACGCUGAAGAGCUGGAAGUUUUAGAACUCAAACUCUCAGGUCUGAUGAGGGACCUAGAGGACUCUCAAAACAACUGCUACGAGUUGCAAGAAGCGAAAAGAGCUUCUGAUAACAAACAUUGUGAAGAGGUAGAGAGCUUGAAGUCCAAAUUAGAAGAGAAAAGUAGUGAUGCGCAAAAUAAAGAACAACAACUGAUUACUGUGAUAAGAGAUCGCGAAAAUCUCGAGCAAGAAUUGAAUAAGCUACAGAAGGAAUUCGAUGAGCUUCACGAGAAAAAUUUAGAUCUAGAAUCGUCUUUAAGAAAAGUUAGCGAUGAGCACUCGAUGGAAAUUUCCAUGCUGCAAAAAGGAUCUUCUGAACUUCGUGAAAGAGAGCAGGGACUUUUUGAUAACGAAAAGCAGCGUUUAGAAGACCGAGUAGAACAGUUAGAGAGCGAGCUGCAGGAGUCACGGGAACAGUAUGAACGGCUCGAAGCUGCAAAGAAAUUAAGCGAUGAACAGCAUGCAGCAGACGUAGAAAGCCUGAUGUCAGAGUUAAACAUCUUGAGAAAUUUACGCGCUGAAGUAGAGCAGCUUAGAAAGCUGGAGAAAGAAAAAGAGAACUACGAAUUGGAGGUUUCAAAAAUGAAGGAAGACAUUGACUCCCUCACUGCGAAGAUAAAAGAACUUCAAGAUGUGAAUAACGGUUCAUCACAAGAAAUUGUCCAGCUUCAAAACGAACUUGAAACGCUUCGCGCUGCCCCAGUCGCUGUUGACUUUGAAGACAAAUUUCUGGAAGAAAUCGAGUUAUUGAAAACACUGACAGAGCAGCAAGCGAGUACAAUACAGGAACUUGAAGAGGAGGGACACAACAAAUUUGGUGUUCUUUUGAGCCAACACGAGAAGGAGCUCGAAAUUUUAAAAGAGGAGCUCGAGGAGCAGAUCUCCAAGAAGAGAGAGCAACUCUCCAGGGAUUCUGCCGCUAAGAGACAAAAACUCAAAGACGAAUACGAAGGAAAGCUUCGGGUUCUCUACGAAGAUCUUGUUGCAGAGAAAACCAGAAUUAAAGAUUUAAUGAAAUUAAAUGAGGACCUAAGCAGGAAGUUAAGCUACUCGCAAGAAGAGAGUAGUCUGCUUGCAGAGGAAAUUGAGAGGUUAAAAGAAAUAGAAGAGAAAUUCGCGGAGACAGAGGAACAAGAAAAACACGCAAGUGAAUUGGAACGGGUCGUAGCAGAGUAUAAAGGGAAAAUACACAGUCUUGAAGAAAAGAUUUGUAAUUUGGAAACUAGAGGAGAGGAAAAAGACACAACGGACGGUGAUAGUGAGAAAGAAAAAGAGCAGUCACUUAAAGAGUUCAAGGAAAAAAUUGAGUCCUUAGAAAUUGAGCUUAGCUCCGCGAAAAAAGAAGCCGACAGUAUGAGGGAAGAGCUAAAAAGUGUACAAGAAAAAAGUGAGCAUGAUCUCAAUAAACUUGCAGAGACAUACGAUGAAAAGUUAAAGAAGACAGGAGAAGAACAGAAUCAGUUAUUGGCGCGACUUGAAGAAAAUAAAAAGGAUUAUCAACAAAGUGUUUCCUCAAUAGAAAGUGAAAAAGAGGCUCUUAAAGAACAACUAAGCAAUGCGUUUGGUGAGAACGAGAAGUUGCAAACCAUGGUGAAACAUCUAGAUACCGCAAAGCAGGCAGUCGUUCAUAUGUAUGAUGAAAAAAUCGAAGCCUUGGUGGGUGAUUUAGAAGAUGCAUCAGAGAGAGCUAGCAGCGCAGAAGAAACCUUGAAACAGUCAAGUUCUCGGUUUGCAUCCAAGCAAGAAGAGUUAGAAAGAGAGGUGACAGAGCUUCGAGAAGCGAAUAAACGCCUAAUUGAGCAACAUGAUUCCUCUAUUCAUAGUCUAGAAGGAACAAUUUCUUCUGAAGCCGGGUCAAAGGAGGCCCUAGAACAGAAAAUUGCUGAACUGUUAGAGGAAUCGAGAAGUGAGAAAUUGAAACUACAAGGCAAGGUCGAAGAAGCAUUUGCUGAUAAACAAAGACUUACAGAUGAGUUUGAGGCGAAGAUUAAAGUUUUGGAAGAUGAGUUGAUUUCUGAAAAGAAUGAAAGCGCUGCCAUAAAACAAAUGAUAGAAGAGCAAAAUCAAGAACUGAACAAACACGUGACGAGACUGCAAGAAAUGGAGAGCAUUGUGUUAGGAAAGGAAAGCACUAUAACAACACAGAAGGAGACUAUUGACCUAGUGACCAAUAAGCUCGACCAAGAAAUAGAGAAGACAUCCAGGUUGGAGAAAGAGAUGCGAGCACUGAUGGAAAAUCAGAGCUCGGAAUACGUUCACAGUUUGGAACGCAUUCGGAAUGACCUGAAACAAGAGUACGAAGAAAAUAAUGAGCAACUGAAGAAGAAUUACGAAAACAUUUUUGCUAAAAUGGAGGAAGAACACCGCGUCAGUCGCGAAGAGAUCGCAGCAGAAGUUGAAUCAUUGAAAGGUAUGGUAGAAAACCUUGAGCAGUUAAAUCAACUGAAAGACGAAGAACACGAAGGUCUUAUGACAGAACAAGUAACGAGACACGAAGCCCGGCUAGAAAAAAUGGAAACGAACUUUAAGGAAGAAAAGAACAGUUUAGAAACAAAAAUAAAAGACGCCAAUAAAGAACUUGACGAGGUAAAAGCGGAGAAACAAACACUGGUUGAGAAACACAAGGUGGAUUUGACUGUACUGGAAUCAAGAUUAAUGCAGGAGCACCACGCGCAACUAAAGAAUGCUGUCCAAGACGCUGAAUUAGUAAAACGAGAGAAAGAAAAAAUUAAGGAAGAGUACGAGAACGAAAUUGAAUCAUUGAAAGACCAGCUUACAUUCGAAAGUGCUUUCCAAGCUGACCUCCUAAGCCAGCACGAAGUAGAAAUACGAUCCCAGAGAGAAUCCCUAGAAAAAGAACAUAAGAAAAAAAUUGACCUUUUAAAUGAGACAAUACAGGAACGAAUUAGGGAGCUGGAGGUGACAAAAGAAGAGAAAGCAGCAGAGAUGGAAGAAUUGAAAUUUAAACUUGAAGAAUCUCAACUUGAGCUGGGCGCUCUAAGAGAAAAGUACACCACCCAGCAAGACGCGGCCAUAAAAAACCUCCAAGAGCAGCUACAAGAAAAAAUAAAGGAGUGUGAAAAUUUAAAAGAACAAAUUGGCGUUGAAGUUGUUCAGUUAUCAUCGCGAGUUGAAACGCUGUCUGCAGAGAAAGAUAUGCUUGGAAUUAGCGAAGAGACAGAAAAUAUGAAGCUUGGAUACGAGGUCAUGUUGGCAUCUUUAAGAGUUGAGAAUAACGAGCUCAAAAACCAAGUUGAGAGUCUGAAGGAAGAGAUGACACGUACCCUAAACGCACAUCAACAAGAGAUAGACUUUACAAAAACCGAGCUCGAAAAGCAAUAUAAACAACGAGAAGCUCGCAUCAACAAGAAACACUCUGAAGAGUUCAGCAACCUUAUGGAGAAACUGGAAGAUUUGGUGCAGCAAGAGAAUGCAUCAAAAGCGCUUACCGAGGAACACAUGAAGGAUAUUGGUACGCUAAGAUCAGAAUUUGAUCAUAAAUUCCAGCGUCUUUUGCGAGAAAAACAAGACGAGAUGGAAAGCUUAAAGAAACAACUUGAACAACAGUCCAACUUGCACAUUUUAGAAUAUCAAGAACUCAUAAAAAAGAAAGACAUAGAGAUAAGCGAUCUUCAGAGAGAUGUUAAGAGUCUUCAUAGUGGUAUUGAUGCUUACAAGGAUGAAGCGCAUAAUUAUCAGAAAGGUCUGAAUAAGGCCAACGAGGAACUGACGAAGCUCAGGAGGGAGAAUUCAGAACUUUACCGAAAAUUGCGGGAGGAAAUUGAGAAAUCCAGGGGAAGGUACACCACUGAAGGCCAGAGGACUAUGGAGCAGUUACAGCUGGAAAACGAAAGACUCAAAAGAGAAAACGAACGACUGAAGAACCUCAUGAAUGGAUCUUCCUUUGCUAAUGGGGUGGGCCAUUCGCAAAAUUUUAGUGAAGGCUCGCAUGUGUUACAACUCAUAAAGUUGAUGGAGCAGUUGAUGAAAGAGAAAAACACACUUGAGAUAAAAUUGCGACAGGAAAUCCUUGAUUUGAAGACCAAGUUUGGAGUUCUCGGGGAUUCUAGCAGGACUUCAUUUAACAACACCAGUGUUAUUUCGGUAUCCAUAUCACCUGAAAAGCAACUGAGCAGGGACGCGUUGGUUGAUAUGCUUCAAGAACUUAGAGAUAACAAAGCUAAACAAGAGGAAGACAUAAAAAGCCACGUCCAAGAGACUGAGAACAUGAUCAGUGAAAUUAAGAGAAUGAUGGAUUCUACCGAGUUUACAGAUAUCCGGCUUCAGGAUAUGCUGCACAGUCAGAUGAAUCAUUUGGAGCAGCAACGCCGAGUAUUAGUUCAGCGGCUCUGGCAGCUCAGAGAAAAACACAGAGCUGUAGAGGAGAAAAUCUCCAGGCAACUCACUGGAAUACACAGUUCACAAAACAGUAGUAACUCGGACAGCGCCAGGUCCAAAUGUUACGAGAGUAUCAUCGAGGAGAACCUCAGGCGAGAAAAGGAGCUGCUGGUGUUAAAACGCCAACAAGUAGAAGACCUCAAUACUAGGAUUGCACGAGAGAAGCUUGCAUUAGAAAGACACUCCAAGGAAAAACAGUGUCUUGAAAAAGAAAUGAAAGAAAAGGAAAAGCUGGAGAGUGAAUUGGCAUCUCAAAGACGAGACCUGGAGAGAAGAUGGAUUGGGAGGAUGAAGGAAAAGGAGUUUCAGCUUAAGAGAGAGAAAGAGAUUUUGGACGAAAGCAAGAGGCGAGACGAAGCUGAGAAUAUUUUGCUGCGGGAAUCUUCCUCCAGACCAACCGAAAGAAACGUGUUUGGAGACGUGAGAUCGCCUGUCCGUUUGCCACUGGCAAGUCACCCUAUAAAAGAAGUGGGACGUUACAAGAAAGAGUCAGAAAAACCUAGAGAUCGAAAGGAACAUGUUCCUGGUCCUUACAAUCAAACGUUAUCAUAUCCAAAGCCUAUGCACAAACCAUUCGGAGAUUUUUCUUUACGUGGCGAACAAGGAUCCAAAGAUCGACGUGCUGUUUCCGAUUCCCUUGAAAGUUGGUCAUAUAAAAAUACUAAGCGCUCAUCUAGCAAGAAAAGAGACCAAGCUAAAACUAAGCGGGCAGAAGUCCAAGUUCCCAGGCUUGACCUCAGCUCUGACGAUUCCGAUCUCGAUCUUGGUAUUACAAAUGGCUCAGGUUCUUGGGAAAUUGAUCUAAACGACGGUGAUGAUUCUGAUCUUGACCUUUAUGGCACCCAUUCUAUUAAUGCCUUUGACAACGUUGAGGCAGAUUGGGAACUUCAGUUAGAAAAAGAACUGAAACAGAUUUCGGUGAGUGGCGUCGCCCCAUCAGGCGAUGAUUCCACGGAUGUGAGACACCAUUAUAAUAAUCACCAAACAGCGCUUGUAAAUGGCGGAAUUAGCGAGGAAGUCAAAGAAAGCCAAGUGACUUCAGCUGAUAAAGCGCCGUCGACACAGUAUGGUUCAAAAAUUGACCUGGACUGGCUUCGUAAAUUAAGCUUCGAUUACACUCAUCCAAGUGUCAGUAAGAGUCAUCCUCGUACAUCAACAGCCAAUGGUAUGGAUGAGCGCACACAACCCUUCAGCAUUACAGAUGUCUCGCGCAUUACAACUGAAGUCGCAUCUCUACCGAAGGAUGUAGCUUCACGUCAAAUUCCUCGAGAACAAGACCGUUCACUUAAUACACGCACUCAAGCUAAUCUGGCAAGACCAAGGCCCAGCUCAUCGCAUUAUGAGUUGGAUUCUUUGUUUAGUUUACGAAGACAAUCAUCUAAGGAAAGUGGCAUUGACUCGCCCUCUUCAGUAAGGUCGGAACCGGCCAUUUCGGGCAGUGUCAUCGCAAACCCGCGGCGCCGUUCGCUCCGGAGUGAUCGUUUCCCUGGAGUGUAUUUGCUAAACGUUGACGAGUACGUGGACCGUCAUUUGGUGAGAUCGUCCGAGGAGGUGGCCAAGAUAAGAGACCUAUCUCCCUCAGAAAAGCGUUUCGAUUUAUAACCAAUGUCAUUUCUUUCUUUCCCUAGGAUCUAUGAUACGGCCACAUGAUGGUAUUUACUGAGAACAACGAGAGUAUUAUUUAUUUUUUAAUUGAGGUGGCCAAAAUAAGUAACUUGAUCGACACGUGUUCAGAAAUGUAUGCGUAUGAGAUGCAAGGCCUGUGACAGAAACACUUGUUCACCAGUAACUGCCUGCCUUUAUGGACAUUACUCGAUAAGUGACUUUACAUGCAGUCAUUGAUACAUGUUUCUUUGCACGCAUUCCUUAUAUAUUUAUCCCGCGUUCCUACAAUCAAGGUUAUCUAUGAGCCAAGAUGACCAAGCACAUCGCAUCGCAGUUUCGUCUAGUAUAGUGAAUACUGUUACUGACAGAAAAAUUUCACUUAAGCGAUUUCAAAGAAUCGGGACUUGAAAUGAGUAACCAUUGUGACGAGGCACUCCUACAUUUUAGCGUUAACGUUAACGUUAAUCGAAAGCGUCGACGUCAGAAAUGAAGUUAUGAUUUUAUUGACAAAAAGGAUUCAUGAACAUUUUUACCUUAUGGCAAUCCAUAGCCAAAAGAACUUGUUACUAGUUUCACAGAACUGAAUUUUAGGAGGAGAACGUAGCGUUAGUGACUUUUAAUAUGAGAGUUGCUUAAAGAACUGACAUGUCCUAUUUACACAAUAGAACAAUGUUUCAGUUGUCACAACACGAUUCUGCGUUGCACUUCGCGCAGGAUCCAGUUAUGUAUAUCAUAAAUGUUA